AAUUCUCUGCCUCUGAGGGCGGUGGAGGCAGGUUCUCUGGAUGCUUUCAAGAGAGAGCUAGAUAGAGCUCUUAAAAAUAGUGGAGUCGGGGGAUAUGGGGAGAAGGCAGGAACGGGGUAUUGAUUGGGGAUGAUCAGCCAUGAUCACAUUGAAUGGCGGUGCUGGCUCGAAGGGCCAAAUGGCCUACUCCUGCACCUAUUGUCUAUUGGGUAUUUUUAAAGUGGAGAUUGAUGGGUUUCUGAUUAAUAAGGGUGUCAAAGGUUAUGGGGAGAAGGCAGGAGAAUAGGGUUGUGGGAAAAAUAGAUCAGCCAUGCUUGAACGGCGGAGUAGACUCGAUGGGCCAAAUGGCCUAAUUCUGCUCCUGUGUCUUGUAUGAACGAUGGAAAUGAAUGAAUCGCACAAUUAUUAGACCAAUGCAAAUUCUUGCAAACUUGGGCCGAAGGGCCUGUAUGCUGUAUCUCUGAAAUAAAUCUGCCCUGCAACACGAUGUCCGGCCAGCAGGGCUGUGUUACGAAGCCGGAGCAAAAAGUUGGUGGCCCUACCUGAGAGUGUUGAACUUCGCACGUGUUUCUCCUUUGUGUUGUGAGGGUAAACCUGCUGGGUAAACCAUCCACCCUGCCUAACCUCUGGUGUAACUGACUCACUGGUUAGGGCGGAGGGUUCAGCAGGGACUCACCGCCACUGAACGAGUGAAGGGGAGAAGGGGAGGAGAGACAAGAACAAAGUAAAGCAAGGAUCUUUGAAGUAAAGGGAGCUGGAGAAGGAGUGGCACUGCAGCAGCAGGCAAGUACAGGGAGCUGGAGUAGGGGCCGGCUACAAUGAGGAACAACAACAACUGCUGCUGCAGCGUAAAGGGGGCGUUGAGGAACUGAAAUGUUGGUCACUCCUCCCUCAUCGAUACCAGCAGCUGCGAACCGCCAGUCAAGACACAUGGACGGGAAAGAAGCAAGGAUCUGCUGCAGUCCGGUGCACCGGCCAAUCCUUUGUGAAUCGCAACGCUCAGCCAGCGCCAGCAUCGAUGCAUUUCACGGACCCUGUGCGAGAAUGCACUGGUAACAUCGGACGGGAUUACAAGACUGAGGACUGAGUCAGAGAGUGGGAGCCAUCCAGCGCCGGUGAACUGGAUUGAAUGACCACUGAAUAGGUCGCACAGUCUACUGCUUGUUCUUGCACUGGUCAGAGAAGAACCGUGGAAAUGUUAGCAAGGGGGAACAAUUCACGUUCUUGCCCCCUAAAGAGGAGAAACUAUUGAAUUUCUUUGCAAAAUCCAACUGCGCUGCCCUAGUGCACGGUGAUGAAGUCUAUAUCUAUCUAUCUGUCUAUCUGAAGAAGGGCCCCGACCCUAAACGUCGCCUGUCCACGUUCUCCAGAGAUGCUGCCUGGCACGCUGACUUCCUCCAGCAGUUUGUGUUUUGCUGAAGAUCCCAGCAUCUGCAGUUCCUCGUGUCUCUGUCUACCUGUUGUCGGGCUUGCGAUUUGAAAGUCUUGUUGCUGAUUCAGAUGUCGCCCCUCCCCACCGACUUCAGAACUUUUUGAUGCAGAUAUCUGUGUGGGUUUGGAGCCUCUAGUCUGCGUUUCUGCAUUUGCUGCCCCGUGUGUUGUCCGGGCUCAACAUGGGGAGGUGCGGGCUUUGGGCGAGAGGUUUAUUGCUGGUGCUCGGGACUCUGCUUCUACUCCCAGCCCCCGCCGCUGCCAGCGGUGAGUAUUGCCACGGUUGGAUGGACACCCAAGGGACCUGGCACGGCGGCUUCCAGUGUCCUGAGCGCUUUGACUCGGGCACGGCUACCAUCUGCUGCGGCUCCUGCUCGCUGCGCUACUGCUGCGCCAGCGCCGACGCCAGGUUAGACCAAGGCCACUGUGACAACGACCAGCCGGCCGGCAGCAACGAUGGCCCGGGCGGCGGCGAGGGCAGAGACGGCGGCAACUCCUCCGCAGUGCCAAUCUAUGUGCCUUUCCUUAUCGUGGGCUCCGUCUUCGUGGCCUUUAUCAUCAUAGGCUCGUUUGUGGCAGCCUGCUGCUGCAAGUGCCUCAAACCCAAACAGGAGCAGCAGCAGAACCGAACGCCAGCAGCGAGCCGGCUGAUGGAGUCCAUCCCCAUGAUCUCCAGCUCGGGCAACCCCCGGGGGUCGUCCUCGCGGCAGUCCAGCACUGCGGCCAGCUCCAGCUCCAGCGCCAACUCCGGGGCCCGAGGCCCCCCCGUCAGAACACAGGGCAACUGUUGCCUGCCCGCUGAGGGGGCCAUGAACAACAUUUACCUCAACGUGCCGCCCAGUUUCUCCGUGAUGAGUUGCCAGCAGGCUCCGCCAAUCCUGCAGCACCAGGCACAGUUCCUGCACCCUCAGUACUUGGGGUUUGCUGUUCAACACGACUCCUUGGCUAUGACGCCCACUCCUCCUUACAUGGAAGGACUGCAGAACGGUUACAGGCAAAUGCAAACCUCCUUCCCCCAGGCCAGCGCUAAUACCGAACAGAUGGUGUACACAACAGUAACUGUAUAGGAAGAUACCAAUGUAUUUUUUUAAUAUAUAUAUCUACAUAUCACUGCAACGUGGAGGCUAUCUACUUGGAUCGUGAGAAACAAAACACGGGUUGAGACAUUUUGUAAGCGAUUAGUUUAUCAAAUUUUCCUCAGAGGAAUUUUUAUCCUUUAAGAUGUGUGUGUGGGAAAUUCAGUGUUUCAGAAUUUUCUCCACUGUUGACGAUCACUUGUUGCGUUUGGGUGCUUAAGGCAGCCAUCUUCAUCCUGCUGGGAGUAGCCGGUCGUUAGACCAUCAUUGGUCGGCCACAUCCAACGAUCCUUGGAGCAACGGAUGGUUGCUUGCUCAGUCAUGAUUGUUGGAAGUACGUAACGUCCGGCACUGAAUUAUGCACCGCAUGUCCUGGAGUCGUACAGCAUGGAAACAGGCCCUUUGGCCCAUCUUGUCCAUGCCGCCGAAGGUGCCCCAUCCACACUAGUCCCACCUGCCUGCAUUUAGCCAUUAUCCCUCUUUCCUAUACAUGUACCUGCCCAAAUGUCUUUGUUAUAGUAUCUGUCUCAACUACCUCCUCUGGCAGCUCACGCCGUAUACAUACCUGUGUGAAAAAUUGGUCCCCUCAGAUUCUUAAUAAAUCUUUCCCCUCUCACCUUAAACUAUGUCCCUCUGGUUAUUGAUUCCCCUAGUUUGGGUGAAAGACUCUGUACAUCCACCAUAUUUAUUCAGGGGUUCUGGGGAUAAGGCAGGAGAAUGGGGUUGACAAGGAAGGAUAAAUCAGUCAUGAUUGAAUGGUGGAGAUUUCAAUUCUACUCCCAUAACUUAUGAACUAUUCCCCUGAUGAUCUUAUCCACGUCUAUAAGAUCACCUCUCAUCCUCCUACUCUCCAAGAAAUACAGUCCUGCCAUGCCCAACCUCUCCCUAUAGCUCAGGAUCUCAAAUCCUGGCAGCAUCCUCAUGAAUCUUUUCUGCAUUCUUUCCAGUUUAACAACAACAGUGACAGUGGAUGUUCACUGUCAACAUUGCCUCCUUGAUAGACACGGCAGUCAAUGUCACUCCUUUCAUAAGAUCACAAGACAUAAAAGCAGAUUUAACGCCAUUCAGCCCAUCGAGCCUGCUCUGCCAUCUGACCAUAGCUGACCUUUUUUCCCUCUCGACCCCAUUCUCCUGCCUUCUCCACAUAACCUUAACCGCCCUUACUAAUCAAGAAUCUGUUGAUUGCUUUAAAAAAUACCCAAUGACGGCCUCCAUGGCCAUCUGUGGCAAUGAAUUCCACAGAUUCACCACCUUCAAACUAAAGAAAUUCCUUCAUCUCCAUUCCAAAGCUACGCCCUUUUAUUCUGAGGCUGUGCCCUCUGGUCCUAGACUUGCACACUAGUAGAAACAUCUUCUCUAUCCAAGCUUUUGGUGAUCGCUGGGUAGGUUUUGGAUUGUGUCUGGUGCAUUAAAUAUUAUUCUGUUGGCCACUAUAUUAGGCAAAGGACCACACGCAUUGGUUAUGACCACUCAAUGUAAUGAGCUGUGUCUUAUCAAACCGUGCAAUUAGCAUCUGGAAUAUCCUACACAAACGGUCCUCAAUAAACCGCUACUCAAAAUUGGAAAAGCUAUGAAAGUUGAGGAUGAAAAUAUAUUCAUGGUACGGCAAAUUUGUCGAGCAGAAUCAUGGAUGAUUCCAAAAUAAAUGCAGAAAAGAUGUAAUGAAUGGUGAGAUAGUCAUGCAGUGUGGAAACAGGCACAACUUGCCCACACUGACCAACAUUCCCCAGCUACACUAGUCCCAGCUGCCUACUUUUGCCCCAUUAUCUCUCUAAACCUGUCCUAUCCAUGUACCUGUCCAAAUGUUUCUUAAACAUUGCAAUUGUACCUGCCUCAAUUAACUCCUCCAACAGCUUGUUCCAUACACCGAUUACCUUCUGUAUGAAAAAGUUACACUUAGGGUUCCUAUUAAAUCUUUGCCUCCUCGCCUAACCACCAGAUGCCACAAACUUGACCAUGAAUAUUUACUGGGUAGUUUGUCAUUAGCAUCAAUGCUUGCAAGGUCUUUGGUUACAACAAUGAACAAAAUCGCAGUAUUUACAUGGCUAAUUGUAAUAACUACAAUCUAGCCAGGGAUAGUGGAAAGUGCCAUCAUCAUUCUUCAAAUUCCUCACCAAUAAUUAUUGAUGAGGAAUUCGGUCACUUUGUCACCUAAACAUUAUCCAAAAUCCUCAACAAAAUAUUCAAUUAGAAAUUUGAAACUUUGUUAUAAAAUGAUAUACAAAUUGCACCGUGUUUCCACUUUGUUAUAAAGGUAGAGUUUCUAUGAAGGAAUAUAUCGUACAACAGUUUACCACGACAAAUGAGUAAAACAGACUUUAACACAGUCAUUUAUACCAGACAAUCUGCCACAAAAUACAAAUAUCAUCCAUUUAGUACUGACGUUGCAUAAACUGUUGCUCAGUACAUCGCACUCUCAUCUUUUUGAUUCAAAAUGCUGUAAGUUCUACUCUCCCUCCAAAGACUUGAGCACAUUCCAAAUCAAAACUCCACGAACAACAUUGUUCUAGACGCCGUCUUUCCGAUGAGGAAAAGUGAUAGAUCCCACGGUGUUAUUUAAUAGAGCAGGAUGUAUAGAACAUAGAAGAGCACAGCACAGGAACAGGCCCUUUGGCCCAUCGAGUCUGCACUGAUUAGUGCUUUCCAUACACUAGCGCUAUCUUACACACUGGGGACAAUUUACAAUCUUUACCAAAGCCAAUUAACCUGCAAACCUGUAGGUCCUUGGAGUGUGGGAGGAACCCAAAGCACCCAGGGAAAACCUACAUGGUCAUGGAGAGAACAUACAAACUCCGUACAGACAGCACCAGUAGUCAGGAUCGAACCCGGGACUCUACCGCUACACCACCGUACCUCUGAUUCUUAGCCGCCUGCACAUAAUCCAUAUCCCAAAUAUGCCCUGCUUAUCCAUGUGUCUUUCUAAAAGUGUCUUAAAUGUCACUAUUGUAUUGGCCUCCACCACCAUCCCUGGCAAUGCAUUCCAUACACCCAUCACCCUCUGUGUAAAAAAAAAAACUUACCCUGCACAUCUCCUUGAAACUUUGCCCCUCCCACCUUAAAGCUAUGCCUUUUAGGAUUUGAUAUUUCCAUCCUGGGAAAAAGGUUCUGGCUGCCUAAUCUAUCAAUGCCACUUGUAAUUUUAUAUACUUCUAUGAUGUCCCCCCUCAACCUCUGGUAUUCCAUAGAAAAUAAUCCAAGUCUGUCCAACCUCUCAUUGUAGCCAAUACUCUCUAAUCCUGGCAUAAUUCUGGUAUUUCCAAAGCCUCCACAUCCUUCCUGUAAUGGGAUGUCUAGAACUGCAAGUAAUAUUCCAAAUGUAGCCCAACCAAACUCCUAUGAAGCUGUGUCAUGACUUUCUGACUCUUCAAUGAAGGCAAGCAUACUCUAUGCUGCUUUACCACUCUAUAUCUACGUGCGCUGUCACUUCAUAACUUAUAGGAGCAGAAUCAGGCCAUUCGGCCCAUCAAGUCUACUCCACCAUUCAAUCAUGGCUGAUCCCCAUAACCCCUGACACCCAUACUAAUCAGGAAUCUGUCAAUCUCCGCAUUAAAAAUAUCCAUUGACUUGGCUUCCACGGCCGUCUGGCUUUCACUUUCACAGAGUUUUGAAUUUGGAUCCCUGUAAUAAUAAUCCUUUGGUAAUAAUCUCCAGUAAAUUUGUCCAAUAUCUAUUCCUCAUGAACAUCUUGCUGAAUUUAAUAGCUUUCUGUGAGCGAUUUGACUGCUGUGUUUGGAACAUCACAACAAUGACGAUGCAUCAAACACCACUUCAUGGUUUGGAAACACAUAAGGACGUUGAAUUCUUGAAUGGCAUCUUUUAAUUCCAUGAAGGAAGGCAUUUGGAUAUUCAUGUCAGUGAUCAAAAGUUUUUAAUCAAAAUAAAUUCAGGUUUGUAAGAUCGACUGUUUAUAAGGGAGUGCUGUUUAUAAGGGAGUAUAAUAAAUUCCUUUUAUACCC